CCCACGCGCAUAAUCGUUAACUCUCAACGAGGUCGUACUUAUCUUGCGGUAAUUUUUAUUAUAUUAUUAUUUACAUUACUAUUUGGGACAUAGAAACCGGUGAAGAAAAACUUGACUCCUGGCGGACGCUUGUGGCGGUGCUUGUUAGCAUGAGCUAGCCGACUAGCCCCUGGAGUGACGCGGCUGCUGUCAACAUCAGCCAGCUGAUAUCGAGUCCAAACAAACAAAGGGUAGUCGCAUUUUGAGUUUUACAAACCCUUGUAAAAACCAUAGAUAGGAAGUGGAGUCUAUUUGACAAGCUUUGCUAUUCCGGGGAUAGUUUGGGAACGCUUUUCUAAGCUAACUUAGCUAAAAAAGAAACACACGAUGAGCUCCGAGGAGAACGCAGCCUCCAACAAAGUGGCCCCGGAGGACGAUGGCAUGACAUGGUGGUACCGAUGGCUCUGCAAAAUAGCCGGAGUACUGGGCGGAAUAUCUUGCGCCAUCGCUGGAGUAUGGAACUGCGUCACCGUGAAUCCUCUGAACAUCGCAGCAGGAGUCUGGAUGGUGUUGACCGCCUUCGUGCUCUUCCUGUGUGAAGUACCGUUCUGCUGCCAGUUCAUCGAGUUUGCAAACGCGGUGGCAGCACGCACGGACAAGUUCCGUCCUUGGCAGAAAGCUCUUUUCUACUGCGGGAUGGCUCUUUUCCCCGUUGUCCUGAAGUUUUCCUUCACCACCUUGUUUGGAAACGCCAUCGCCUUUGCUACGGGAGUGCUGUACGGCCUCGCAUCUUUAGGCAAAAAGGGCGACGCGGUGACUUACGCCAGACUGCAGCACCAGAAACAAGGAGACGAAGAGAAGAUGACGGGAACUCUGGAGUGAACAACCGGCCUGGGUUUUUUUAAAUAUCUCCUCAUCCGUACAUCCUCCAGCAUCUGACCCCGAUUGAGUUACUGCAUCAGCAGUCACCUCGUCCCUCAAUAUUGAUUCUCCAUUGUUGUGGCGACUGGCCCUUUAAAUUAAAAGUGACUUUUACUUUUUUACCCGAAACUAAUGUGAUUGUAAAUGUACAGUUUUGACCUCAGGCCAUUUGAUGCUUUUUAUCUUUUUAAUUUGCCUCUCUCCAUUUUAAAUCUGCCUGGAUAAGUUUCCUAGUCCAUCAGCCCGAAUGUAGUUCCUCGUUUUUUGUCAGUCACCGAGAGGUUGAAGGUGACAAACUGGUUCACAACACUACUUCUGCAACUGCUGAGGUGCAUUCUGGGAUGCAGGGAUAGACAUCUGUAGCAGCUAGUUUUGGUACCAAAUCAACACUUUUCUGUUAUUUAUUGCCGUUGCUUUUGCCCUGUGUACAUCAGAACUGACUCUUGAAAAGGUUGUCAUGACGCAUGCGAGUUGUUUCGUCUGAGUUGGACCAGAACUUCCUGGUUUGAAAUUGUCCUGAGGCUGCAGCUGGAAUCAGAGAUCGAUCACAUUUGAUUAUGGGGGUAUUAAGGUCACACGUUUGAAUAUAUAUUUGGCAAAUCUUCAAUUCAAUGAUAAGAGCUAUGAUUCUAUGAGAAGUCGUUCAAUGAAUGUAGCAGCAAGGGAGGGGUUGAAGUUACAGCAUCUCCUUCCUACUCGACUUAUUUCUACUAUUCCAAGUUACUUUGCCGGUGAGAAAAUGCCAUUUUUGUCCAAAAAUAAUGGAGGAAUUAAAUUAAAUCCCUUGGCCCAGUAAAAUAUAUCACUUAUGUCCAAAAUAGGUUUUUAAAAUGUAAUAUUACUGCAGUUUGACUGACUGAUGAGUGACUGAUGUACACCAAUUGUUAGCAAUGCUACCGUGAAAUACUUGUUGUUAACUUGUUAACAUAAUUCUUCAGCGAUUUUUUUUUUUUUUUUUUUUUUUUUUUUAAGUCAUACUCCACAAAUAUUUUUUCCCAAAACACUUUUUUUUUUAAAUUUACAUGAAAAAGUACAUGAAUUUUCAACUCCGUGUUGACUCAAAAACAAGAAUAGAUUUCUGCUCUCCAGCUGCAGGUUGAGUACAAACAAGGGGGGUGAAUGUUUAAUACCAAAUUAUCCAGUGAUGUUUACCUUUGUGUGCUUUAUGUCGUGUUAUUUUCUCUUUGCUGGUGUGUUUUUUCGAGGGGCAAGUGUAGUUUGUGGUGACGUGUUGCAUUGGAGGUGGCCGGUAGCAACGGUGUGGCUGCUUUUAUUUUGCUUUGAAUAUCUGUUGCAAAUGUUUAAAGGGAUGUCAAUGAUUGAGUCAAGGAAUUACUGAUCUGUAUUCCUCACAAUCAACACAGCCAUAGUUUGCCUUUAUUGCUCAAGCAAAGCAUGCAGUUACCUGUGGUUUGGUUGCCUUCUUCUGUCACCGAUGCGUGUUCUUGGAGCGAAUGUUUACACUUUCAGAGAAAGGUUUGCUGAUUCACAAAUCACAGCAGCUCUCAGGUAUCAGAUGUAGGUCGGCACUGAUGGAUCGUAGCUCUUCUAGGGAAUCGGUGUGCGGCUCUGGUCCAGACAUAAAAACUGGCACACGUGGUUCUACACCAGCUAAUGCACCCCGGACGCUUCAGACUUAUGCUGCUUUCACAUGUUGGGAACUGACUUUGCUGUGUGCGUGUGUGUGUAUUGUGUGUUGUGACAUGAAUACUGAGCCUCUUGUCGAUUAAACAAAC